GUGACAUUUUGAGCCAACAAAACAGCGAGCGACGUGCCUCUUGUGUGCGCUCGUUGACUGCCAGUGAGCGGCGUAGCCUGCUGUACCUUCCCCUGUUUCAGUGUUUUAAGUUGAUGAUUUACAGAAUCAACAGACCGAUACACUCUCUGAGUAAACUUUUUGUGUUACGCCAUUCUCGAAAACUAACGUCCAAAAUGUCUUUUCAGUACCCACAGGCUUACCGUGACGAGGCAGUUGUGGAUGACUACCAUGGCGUCAAAGUUCCAGAUCCAUACAGCUGGUUGGAGGAUCCUGAUAGUGAAAAGACACAGGCUUUUGUCAACUCUCAGAACCAGCUGACGUUACCGUUUUUAGAACAGUGUGAGGUGCGGGACCUGUUCAAGGAGCGGAUGACCGAACUGUAUGAUUAUCCCAAGUACAGUUGUCCGUUUAAGAGGGGAAGCAGGUAUUUUCACUUCUAUAACACCGGCCUCCAGAACCAGAGUGUGAUGUACGUCCAGGAGAGUCUAGAUGCCGAACCAACCGUCUUUUUAGAUCCAAACACAUUUUCUGACGACGGAACUGUUGCUCUUCGAGGUUAUGCGUUUUCUGAGGAUGGGGAAUACCUGGCGUACGGCACCAGUGCUAGUGGGUCUGACUGGGUUGAGAUCCACUUCUUGCGGGUUGAGGGUGCCGCGUCGCUGGACGACCACCUGGAACGAGUAAAGUUUAGCUGUAUGUCCUGGACUCAUGAUGGGAAGGGUCUUUUUUACAAUUCCUACCCAGAGCAGGAGGGCAAAAGUGAUGGCACCGAGACCUCCACCAACCUGCACCAGAAGCUGUACUUUCACGUUUUGGGAACUCCCCAGUCUGAGGACGUCUUGUGUGCCGAAUUUCCCGACUACCCCAAGUGGAUGUGUGGCGCUGAGGUGUCGGAUGAUGGUCGAUAUGUGUUGCUGUCGAUCCGGGAAGGUUGUGAUCCUGUGAAUAGACUCUGGUAUUGUGACCUCCAGACGACCUUGCAGGGUAUUACAGGACUUUUGCCGUGGGUGAAACUAAUCGACAACUUUGACGCCGAGUAUGAAUAUGUGACCAAUGAAGGCACGUUGUUUACUUUCAAAACCAACUUGGACGCCCCGCGUUACAGACUCCUCAACAUCGACUUUGCCUCUCCGGAUCAGAGCAGCUGGACGGAGCUCAUUCCUCAACACGACAAGGACGUUAUUGUGUUCGCCACCUGUACGUUCUCCAGCUAUCUGUUUGUGUGUUUCCUCCACGAUGUGAAGAACAUAUUGAAGAUGUACCGUCUGAGCUCGGGGGAAGAGCUGAGGACUUUCCCCCUCGACGUCGGCUCUGUAGUUGGGUUCACGGGACGAAAGAGGGACUCUGAGAUCUUCUACUAUUUCACUUCGUUUCUGUCCCCAGCUGUUAUUUACCACUGCGACCUCACCAAGGAGCCUCUGCAGCCACACAUCUUCAGAGAGGUCACCGUCAAAGGUUUCAACCCCUCCGACUACCAGACCACCCAGAUCUUCUUCCCAUCCAAGGAUGGCACUCAGAUCCCCAUGUUUGUAGUUCACAAGAAGGGAAUCAAGCUGGAUGGCUCCCAUCCUGGAUUUUUAUACGGUUACGGCGGCUUUAACAUCUCCAUCACACCGAGCUACAGCGUCUCGCGCCUCAUCUUCGUCCGGCAUCUGGGGGGAGUUUUAGCUGUUGCCAACAUCAGAGGGGGAGGAGAGUACGGAGAAACCUGGCAUAAAGCUGGAAUGCUCGCUAGCAAGCAGAACUGCUUCACAGACUUCCAGUGUGCAGCAGAGUAUCUCAUCAAGGAGGGCUACACGUCUCCGUCCAAGCUGACGAUCAACGGAGGCUCUAAUGGAGGACUGCUAGUUGCGGCAUGUGUGAACCAGCGGCCCGAGCUGUUUGGCUGCGCCGUGGCUCAGGUGGGAGUGAUGGAUAUGCUGAAGUUCCACAAGUUCACCAUUGGCCACGCGUGGACCACGGACUUCGGCUGUUCGGAAAACAAAGAGCAGUUUGACUGGCUCAUCAAGUACUCCCCGUUGCAUAACAUUCGCAUCCCAGAAGGCAAUGGGGUCCAGUACCCCUCGGUGCUGCUGCUGACGGGAGAUCACGACGACCGGGUAGUGCCUCUCCACUCUCUCAAGUACAUCGCCACCCUGCAGCACAUUGUGGGCCGCAGCCCCAAGCAGACCAACCCCCUCUUCAUCCUCGUGGACACAAAGUCGGGUCACGGCGCCGGGAAACCCACCAGCAAAGUGAUCCAGGAGGUGGCUGAUACCUAUGCCUUCAUCGCCCGCUGUCUCAGCCUCUCCUGGGUCAAAUAACCUCAGCUGCCUGUUUUCUUUUUACUGACGUAUGUUUCUAAAGACUGUUGACUCAGUUCUGUUUCCUUAGCGUAGCACACAUGGCUACUCUGUCGGCCAUAUUUGUAGUUUUAGACUCAGGCGCCACCUUGAUGAUUACGGUUAUCGGUUCAUGAGGUUUAAAUGUUUUCAGGGGUUCCUGCGUCGUCUCGGAGCUCCAGCGAUAUUAAUAAUUUAAUGCGUUUAAGUUCAGGAUGGAGAGGCUGAAUGUCACCACCGCGUACAUUCAUGAUAGUAUUGUGUAUCCAAGAGUACUGUAACUGGACAGUGUUGCUGUUGAAGUGGAAACCUGCUAAAACAAUCUGCUUGUUGCAGUGUGCUCAUUUGAGUGUGUGUGUGUGCAUGUUUGUCUGAGACUGCAUCACAUAGAGGAAAUGUGUGUGUCAUAGUUACUUUUGGGUGAUUUCUACCUCUGGACUUGUGCUGGUUGUUUACCCCUUUUAAAGGGAAUGGGACACAACGCCACAACAGUAAACAACUUUUUAAACACGGA